GGUUCCGAUUGGGGUGGGGUGGUUCAGAUUGGGUUCUGGACUUCUCGGUUCUGGGGGUGGGGGUGGUUCCGGUUGGGUUCUGGGGAUGAGGUUGGGUUGCUUCUGCAGAUCUGGGGAUGAGGUCUUGAAACAAAAAAUACAAAAAGUAAACUCUUCCCCAGAACUUGAUUCUCACCCUCAACAAUUGAAGGGCAUUUUGGUGUGAUUUCAUCCUAGUUUUGUAGUGGGUUCAACCGAUUCACAUUGGAAUGGAAGCUAUCGAUUGUUGGUCCCAAUGGCAUAAACAGAUGAGGAUGAUAUUGCUUCAGUGUUGUGCAAAUUUGGGGAGUUAAAGGAAUCUCCUGAAUUAAGCCGGAGCUCCAUUUGAAGCCAGGGCAACCUCCAAUGUCCGCCUUCAACGCUCUCAGAUCGUCAAAACUCAUCUCGUGGAAACCAACCGGAAGGCUUCAGCAAACCCUAGCACAAUGCGUGGAGCGGAAGGGGAAGGGAUUGCAUUCGGGUGAAGUCUCGACGGUGAGAUUGUGCCCUGGAUUUGCAGGCCAAGGGAGGCACUUCGAUUUCCGGUCCAAUUUGAUCCCGGCGUCGGUGGAGUUCGCGCAGGUUUCGCCUCUCUGCACCACUCUCUGUAAAGGCGGUUUCCGAGUUCGAACCGUGGAGCACUUGCUUUCUGCUCUGGAGGCUGCUGGUGUUGAUAAUUGCAGGAUUGAGAUUGAGACGGAGGAUGAUCAAUGCUGCGAUGCUGAGAUUCCUAUAUUUGAUGGGUCAGCAAAGGAAUGGGUGGAAGCGGUGGAAGAAGUUGGUUUGAAGGUAGCAACUGAUAUUGAUGGGAAAAGCUGUGAUAAAAUAGCUCCGCAUGUGAAGGAACCAGUGUAUGUUUGGAGGGAUGAUUCGUUCGUUGCUGCAUUUCCUUCAGAAGUGGUUCAAAUCACUUAUGGCAUCAGCUUUCCACAGGCACCCGCUAUUGGCUGCCAGUGGUUUUCAACAACCCCUUUGGAUAAUGUGGUUUAUUCAAUGCAAAUAGCUUUGUCAAGAACUUUCUGCAUUUAUGAGGAGGUUGAGCAAAUGCGCAGUGCUGGACUUAUCAAAGGGGGUUCUCUAGAAAAUGCUAUCGUGUGCAGUGCGAGUAAAGGUUGGUUGAAUCCGCCUCUGCAUUUCAGUGAUGAACCAUGUCGUCACAAGAUCUUAGAUCUUAUUGGUGAUCUCUCCCUGUUUGGUCAAUUUGGUAAUCAAGGACUCCCUGUGGCUCACAUCGUAGCUUAUAAGGGUGGCCAUGCAUUGCAUGCUGAUUUGGCACGCCGCCUUAUGGGAAUGAUGUGAAAGGUCAGGCAUCUUGCCACUGAUAAUGAAGAAGCUAUUGCAGUUGUUGGUGAAUUUGUUGAAGAUGUUCAACCUGAUGCUUGAGCUUCAUUGCAGCUGAAGUGGCUGUGAAGAGAUGCUGAAAUGCGUGUAAACAUCUCAUACCAUUAGUCUGUCUCUCUGAGAAUCAUUAAGACAUGAAGGAGGUUGAAGCCCUCCUCUAGUUUUUUCUGCAUCCAAAGUUUCAACUUUGGAAAUGAAAGAAUCUAAAGCAAAAGAGGUUGCAAAAGAAGGCCAUACAAUUUCCUGUUUUUCGGUUGAUCCUAUCACUGUUUUUCGGUUUCAAUGGGGUCUCUUCCUGGUGCUUUAAACGUUAUGGGGUGUUUGAUUGGGGUGUUUUUAGAGGUUUUUGCUGUAGGUGUUGGGUUUUUGUCAGCUCUAUGAUGACAUGGAUGGUUACUGUACCCUUGUUGAGAGGGAUUAUUUCUCAACGUUAUCCUUAUAUAUAUAUAUAUAUAUAUAUAUAUAUAUUUUGCUUUCGAAAAAGAAAAGGCCAUACAAUUUCCUGUCACUUAUGCAUCCAUUACAUUUGAUGAAUUAAUUAUUGUACUAAUCAAAUUAAGCUUAAAUAAAUUCAGUCCAUCAUUUUA